AUGGACUAUGAUGGCGGCCUCCUUAUGGAAUGCAAAAUUGAUCCAAAGCUUCCAUAUACAGAUUUGUCAAGCAUGAUUCGCCAGCAAAGAAAGGCAAUUGAUGAAAGGAUAAGAGAGUUAUCGAACUGUCAGAAUGUGUAUCGAGUACUUGAAUUUCAAAAGAGAGAAGCUGGAAGUCCUAAAAAGAUCAAAGUUGAGGAUAUACCUGGCUUAAGGGACGCGGGUUGGACCCCAGAUCAGUGGGGGCACACACGUUACAAAUUAUUCAAUACUUCUACAGACAGUGUGUCAAAGCAAAAGCAGUUGAGCGCACUUAUGCGCGUGCUUUUGAAGACAAUGCAAGACCAUGCUGAUGCUUGGCCUUUCAAAGAGCCAGUUGAUUCUCUCGAUGUCCCUGAUUACUAUGACAUCAUUAAAGAUCCCAUUGAUCUGAAGACAAUUGCAAAGAGAGUAGAGUCAGAACAGUACUACGUGACGCUUGAUAUGUUUGUCGCUGAUGCGAGACGGAUGUUUAACAAUUGUAGAACUUACAACUCCCCGGAUACCAUUUAUUACAAAUGUGCAACCAGGUUGGAAACACACUUCCAUAGCAAAGUACAAGCAGCUCUCCAGUCUGGUGCUAAAUCUCAAUAG